AUGGCUUCGUAUUCGAGGAACAUAGCACGCCUCAAUCAACUAAAACUCUCCAACGGGGCUUCCAAACAUGCCAACUUCCCCACGCCCCGGGCUCGGCCACAACUCAACAAUGGCCCGGCUUUUUUUUGCAGCCCGCAAGUCCCUCGGCGCGGCUUCAUCCUCUCGCCUCGGCGUCACCGGGCGAAAGAGCGCGCCACCAAGAUCAUAUCGGUGACGCUCACCAGCGCGUUGCUUGCCCUCUGGCUAUACCCGGCUGAUGCCUUGCAGCAGCAAACCCACGACGACAAAGUCACCUCUAUCCCGAGCAAGACGGGUGAAGGGAAAGAAGGCGGAGAGGACCAAAGCGCGUGGGACAAGUUCACCCGAAGCUUUAGCUCCCUCUCGUUUGUCCCUUCUACAGACGGGCUGUCAGAAAAGGUGGUCGGGAUGAUCAUGCCAGAGUGGGCCAAAUACAUACCCGGCUACGUCCGGAAGCUCCAGCGAGAGCUGAAUAUGGCCCCGGGCUCUCUCGCGGCCGAGAUCUGGGCCGACGCCAGGGACCCCUUCACACACCCAGAGAUUGAAUACGCGGCCAAGGUGCGGGUGUCGGGAGAACUAUGCGACGAGGAGAAGACGUUUCUGGACCGACGGCGGAAAAUGAUUGUGCCUGCGUUGGCCCGGUUUCUAGGGGUUGACGAGAAAGACAUCCACCCCGACGACAUCCCCACGAUCGCCAUGUGCGGUUCAGGUGGUGGGCUGAGGGCGUUGGUGGCAGGUACAGGCUCGUUCCUCGCCACGGCUGAGGACGGGUUGUUUGACUGCGCAACCUACAUCUCGGGAGUCAGCGGGUCGUGCUGGCUGCAGUCGCUCUACUACUCCUCUGUUACGGGAGCCAACUUCCAAAACGGCAUUAACCAUUUGAAAGCGCGGCUCGGUACCCACAUCGCCUACCCGCCGGUGGCCUUCACAGCACUGACAUCGUCGCCCACGAACAAAUACUUGCUGAGCGGGUUGGUGGAAAAGCUCAAGGGCGACCCCACGUCCCAAGUUGGUCUCGUCGACGUCUACGGGAUGCUCUUGGCGGCCAGGCUGUUGAUACCCAAAGGCGAGUUGGGUGUCAACGAGAAAGACUUCAAGCUGUCGAACCAGCGGGAAUACAUGAAGUACGGGCAGAACCCGCUUCCCAUCUACACCGCUGUGCGACACGAGAUCCCGGAGCUCGAUUCGCCCGAUUACGGCGGCCCGGGGUCGCUCACCGAAGAAGCCAAGGACAGAGCCAAGCGGGAAGCGUGGUUCCAGUGGUUUGAAACGACCCCGUAUGAGUUCUUUUGCGAGGAGUUCUCCGCCGGCAUUCCGACCUGGGCCUUGGGCCGCAAGUUCAAGAAUGGCGCCGACGUGCCCUCGGAGUCGGGGUUUCGCCUACCUGAGACCCGCAUGCCCAUCCACUUGGGUAUCUGGGGAAGCGCUUUCUGUGCUACGUUAAGCCACUACUACCGGGAGAUCCGGCCAAUUGUCCAAAGUCUGACUGGCUUCCAAUCGGUGGACGACCUCAUCUGGGGCUACAACAAGGAUCUCAUCAAGGUGCACCCGAUCGAGCCAGCGAACGUCCCCAAUUUUGUCCACGGCAUGUACGGCCAGCUACCCGGCACCGUGCCCCAGGGUGUCUACGACAGCGAGUACCUCCAGCUCAUGGACGCGGGCAUGUCCAACAACCUCCCGAUCUACCCUUUACUCCGUCCCGGCCGGAACGUGGAUAUCGUCGUAGCGUUUGACGCCUCGGCGGAUAUCAAGACCGACAACUGGCUCUCCGUGGUCGAAGGUUACGCCCGCCAGCGCAACAUCAAAGGCUGGCCGGUCGGCGCAGGCUGGCCUAAGCCCGAGUCCUCACCCUCCGUCACUGCCUCAGAACUUGAAAAAGCCCAGGCCCACUCCGCCGGCGAAGCCGAACACAAAAUCGCCCAAGCCAAAGCCAAGCAAGCGGCAUCCGAACACACUGACUCUUCCCAACCCGACAACUCCAAAAACCCCCAACCCAUCCCCGAUCAACCCCCUCCAACCCCGCCCGGUGGCCGUCCCAUCCACCCGGAAACCAAAUCCUCUCAACAACCCUCCAGCCUCGGCUACUGCACCGUCUGGGUCGGCACCACACAAGAACGAUCCACGACCGAACCACCACCCCCGCCCGUCGACGAUACCAGCACCUGGCGCCUGAUGGACCCCCACGCGGGCAUCACCGUGGUCUACCUCCCGCUACUAGCGAACGAGAAAGCCGUGCCGGGCGUCGACGUUGCGGCAAGCGAGUACAUGAGCACGUGGAAUUUCGUGUACCGGCCGGAGCAGAUCGAUGAAGUGAUUGCGCUGGCGCGGGCGAAUUAUGCCGAGGGCAAGGAACGGAUACGGGCGACGGUGCGGGCGGUGUAUGAGCGGAAGCGGAAGGGGAGGGUGGAGAGGGAAGGAUGGGAAAGGGGGGAGAAGUGGAGGCGGAAGAUGAAGCGGGAGGGGGAUCCUUUUAGUUAG